GGGCGUCGCGACGCGUGUUGCAGUGCGGCUGCCGACGUCGACGCGCCCAGACGCAGCCCCUCACCACCACUACCCGCCCGGCCCGUUCAACCUCGCGAAAACCAGAGCGCCCUGAAGGAAACCCCCGCAUCUCGCUCAUUGGCUUUCGCAGACUCGGGACGCCGGUCAGUGUGCGGCCUGACUCGAAGGCCCAGCGGCCCGGCAGGCGGCGGGUGAUGUCAUGAGAAGCAGACGACGACGGAAAACGAUCCUUCCCGUCGGCGGACACUCGCCAUGCAACCCAACACGGGCAUGCACAAGUUGAGGUUCGCGUCCUGCUCGGUGCUGCUGCUGCUACUCACGCUCGCCCUGGUGGCCAGCUCGCUGCUCGUCGCCCGGUAUGCCGUUCAGCAGGCAUCCUCCUGGUGGCUGUCGCUGCUGGCGGUCACGGUGUGUCUGCUCGGGCUGUGCACCUGGAUCCAGUUGGCGGCCUCCAGAGCCGGCCGGUGGCGGGUCCUGCUCGCCCGUCAGAUCGCCCUGAGCCGAGCACAGGCGUCGGCCAGGACGUUGCACAGGCCAGGACUCGGGCCCGGGCUGGCCCCAGACUUUUACAACAGCUAUGGUGGAUCUCGAUCGAGUUCGACAGGGAUGGGGAUCACCCACAUCGCCGUAAUCCCUCUAGAAUGCGAGCUGGAUUCUCAUAUGGGGUACCGCGUGCCGGGCCCGCCGCCGCCGCCCCCGUAUGCGCUCACCGACCUGCCCCCGAGCUACUGCGUGAGCACGACGGACGAGUCGCGCCCCACCGACGGCGCCGGCGGUGCGUGCCCUCCUGCCCCUGCGCCGCCACCACCGCCCGGGCCAACGGGGCUAGAGCAGCCCCCGCCCUACGCCGUGGCCAUCAAGAGGGACCACUUGGUGCAGGAGGCGGCGGGCGCCACGCCCCCGUCCCCCGCUGUCACCGCGGCUGAGGGCGACAGCACUGCCGGGGCUGGGGACAACAGAAGGAGCACCCCCGUGAGUCGCAGGCCUGUCUUGUGGUUUUGAUAUUAAACUUUCGUCGAUAAGGGCUUUUUAAACCGCAGCCGUGGACAACUACUAGUCAAGUGUUGCGAAUUGAUUUUUCGUACGGUAACAAAUAUCAGGUGUAAAAGAAACGUUGCAAUUUUUGUAGUGUAUGCGAAUGCGAAAGUCCUGAACUUCACAUAUAGUGGUGGCAUACACUGUUUGAUCAUCCAACGUUGAUAAAAUAUCUUAUCUAACGAAUAAUUUGGAUAUUGUGAUAAUCGUCAAAGUUGAGUGGGAGGUUAUAGAAGUGAUGCUGUGAUCCCUGGUGAAAAUGAAGGAUUGUGAAAACAAAUCAAUAAAAGAGAAUAAAUGUAAACCACAUCUGAGAAAUAUACGUGGUAUAUUUCUGAAAUAAAUAAAAGUUUGUUUCAAAUUUACAUAGACAAAAGUACAAACUACUGUAUUUUCAUAUAUUUUAAAAAAUAGAUUUUGAAAACAAGGGCAAUAUUUGGUCUGACAUAGAAGCAUGCUCUCUAAUUUUAGAGUAGAGGACACAUGAGUCGCAGGCUUUUGACUGAAGCAAGUAUGUAACUGAACUAAAUUUCAGAGAUUAUGGAUACAGAUAAAAAUUGAUGUAGAGUAAUGACCCUAUUAGUUAGCAGUGCUCUAGGAUCAACUUUCAUUUCCAUUUGAAGGCAUUAUAAAUGAAAUUAUUCAAUUUACACUUACUUUGAUCCAGAAUUGAAUCUAAGUAUGGUAAAAAGUUUUGGUAAGUGAAAGACAAAUUGUAGUGAGCGAAAGUAAGAAUUCACUAUGCACAACAUAGUAGUUAAAAAUUAUGUAAAAACUAAUGAUACAUAUAAUUUAUGACACAAUAAAUAAAAUAAUUUGAUAUGUUUCUGGUCAUACA